AUGAACAUCUCACUUUGUUGUGCUAUUCCUAAUACUUUAACAGCUACUACCGAGACCUACGCGACUGUGAUUCAAGAAUAUGUUUCCAAACAUGGUGUAAAAUGGAAUUUCAACAAGCAUCAAGAUGCUCCUACUGGAAACUUAAAUGGUAGACAAAGACAUCCAACCUAUGUCUUCAGAGAAUACUAUGUAUGCCAUCGUCCAGGAUCUAAAAGAGUACAUGUUGGUGUUGUCCGAGGUGGUGCUUCCGGUCAGAUACGCGGCUUGCAAAAGAGAAGCAAGAAGAUCAACUGCCCAGCCACUUCAAAGGUCGUCUGUUCGCCAAGUGAUCCUUCAAUGGUUACAAUUACUCAUUCUGAUAACCACAACCACGAAAUUGGAAGUAGCGAAUUGCCAUUUUUGCCUGUAUCAGUCUCCGUAAGGGCUUUGGUCGAGGAGCGUCUCCGGGAAGGCUAUAGUCAAAGAGAAACCAGAGUGAACAUUCAAAGAAAUUUAAUGUCUCACAUUAGAAAUAAUGUUCUUGCUGGUGAUAGCACCCACCGUGAUACUUUGAUCCAUGCUGAUGAAGUCUACAACAUCUACAAAAGAAUUCAAGAAGCAAGCUAUCAAAGACAUCAAAAUCAACACCAGUCUGUCCGUGCUUGGUUAAGCGAGCUUCAACAAGAGAAUUUCGAGACUUUUGAAGGCCGCGAUUUCAUGGAUUCGUUUUCUUUCGGUUUUAUUUCCCCUUUCCAGAAGAAUCUCCUAUUUCAAGCUCGUAGUGUAUGUCUUGACGCCACCCACAGCACUACCAGUUUUUCAAACGGAAUCCUCUAUACGAUUGUCACGCGCCAUCCCUUGACUGGCACUGGUUGUCCUGUUGCGUUCUUUUUCACCAUCGAUCAG